UAUUCUUAUCCCUUUUCAUAAUAUUUAAUUGAAUACAUUUUCAAGCUUGCUUGAAUCACUUGUUUUUGCAGUCUUAAUGCCUUCGCUAGCGUCAUACAGGAUUCACUUCCUAUUGGUCUACCGGACAAGACAAGAGAUUCAAUUCUUCUUUUUUUCAAGCUAUAUGUUCCAGAGAUUUAUGAGUUCCGGUAUGUUCAAAGGCUUUUUGUUAAGGGUAUUGGUAAGCCUGUGGAUAUCCUAAAAGAGCUAAAUAAACUGGCCGGCUUUGACACUAAUGAAAAUAUUGAACUUUAUGAGGAAAUUAACUUUGGGGAUCACGUCGAGUGUAAACUCAUUGACAAGAAACUCACUUUUCGAUCUAACCAGCUUGUAGAUGGGGAUACUAUUAUUUUUCAAAAGUCUUUGCCUUGUGACUGUCAAUAUCCUGAUGCUUCAUCAUUUUUGGAAUAUAUACAUAAUCGGCAGGUUGUUCAUUUCCGAUCUAUAGAGAAACCAAAGGAGGAUGCUUUUUCUCUGGAGCUGUCAAAGCUUUACACAUAUGACAAUAUUGUCAGAUGUGUUGCUCAGGAACUUAUGUCGGUGGAGCCAUUCGUUGUUUUGGAUGAUCCCUGCAAAAUUAGGCUGGCACCCCACGAUUGUUUCUCUAAACAACCAUAUUUCCAGCCAAUUUCUUACCUGGCGGAGGAGCGUUUAUCAGACAUGCUGGUACGCUUGGGUCAGACUUCAGACAUUUUGUAUUAUGAAGUUUUGGAUAACCCUGUGCCCGAAUAUGAAAGUUUAUGCACUCUGAUAGUUGCUUUUCAUUCGGCCGUAAAGGAUGAGGUGGUCAUCCAUGAAAUAAGACUUGCAAAAGAUAACAGAAUAGAAAAUGUAUUUGAUUACCCAAGGGCCAAGGUUGAGCUGUCCCAUUUCGAUGCUAAACUCAGAUUGAUUAGUGUUUCCCCUUACAGGAUCCUUGCGGACCAUCAUCCACAUCAAAAGUUGGAGUCCUGGAAUUCUUAUUUAGCAUCAUUGCGAGUGGAGGAGAUUCCUGAAGAAGAGAAUGACCUUACUCCGCAGGAUCGCUUGAUUCCUGUUGUCCACUUCACUAGAGAUACCUCUGGAAUGCAUAUGGACUUUGGAGUGCCCUUUUUCAUAAUCAUCUAUGAAGGCGAGACUUUGGCUGAAAUUAAAGUGCGUGUACAGAACAAAUUGCAGGUUCCGGACAAGAAGUUUGUUAAGUGGAAGUUUAUAUAUACUCCUGUUGGUCACAAGUCUCAUAAAAAGUCUCGUGAAGAUCUAAAGGAUUCUGAUAUUUUAUCCAGAUAUUUUGAGGUAGGAAAAGAAAACCUAUGGAGAAUUCUUGGAAUAUCUUGGACUGGAGCACUGCGAUGACACUCGUAGAAGGGCUUAUGUGGUCGAUCAGAGCUGUCUUACAUUUGGAAGGCGGGAAAAAAGACUGAAAUGGUAGUAGCUGACGAUCCCUUACCCAAAGCAUCGGCUGAACCCUAUUGCCUCCAACGCAUGUGUCAUUGUGAAAUUGGGAAAAGAGACAUGAAAGGUUACAAACUGUACGUAUGAAGAAUUUGCAUAGGGGUUUGCAUACAGGCUCUAGCUAGCUGUCAUUGAUAUAUAUAUAUUUUUUCUCUUUUAAUUCAGCUUGCUUUCAUUCUUAUGUGGUCAAUUGGUAGAUUUCAAGAUCUUGGUGAUCUCAAUUUUUGUUGAUUAGUGAUGACUUGUGUAGAUGGCGUGGGAUAUUUUCUUUUCUCUGAUAUUGUGAUUGCUACAAAGAGUUAAUUUUCCAAUACUAAUACUGCAGUAGUGAUCCUAUAGCCUCCAA